UUUUAAUUUGAUUUCCCCAAUUUUCUGGGCUACUUAGAUUAGGACGGGUCAGAUAAAUUUUCCUUGCGGAGAAGUUGUUUCUGGAAGCAAGACAGAUCGAAAUGCUCUAACUUUUGUGUCGAUUUUUUGCCCAGUUCUCUGGUUUUUCGUUUACGAAAUCGAAAAUUAGAACAUGGGUUUUGGUCAAGUUUUCGAUUUGAUAGUGUGUUUUUCUUUUUCCGUGAAUUUCUGUAGGAUUUGUUUGUGGGAUUGAGUUGUGCGUUUGAACUUGUAAAGGGGAUUGAGCUGUUUUUAUUUCUGGUUCUGUAAUUUCCAAAAUCUGUCCAUUCCUUAAUUGCAUUCCUGGCUAAAUUUGGCAAAAUCGUGUUUUCUUCUUUGGGAAAGUUGGUUUUUUGACAAGGAAGAUUUUCUGGGUCGGAUUCGGUUUGUUGGUAUUGCGCGUCUAUAUUCAUUGAAUUUACAGCAGUUGUUUUACCUUAUCUUUUGUUUGGUUGCCGAGAAAAUUCAUUAGAGGGAACAUUUGACUUUCUCAGAAAUCGGAAACUUUUACUGACUCAGCCAAAAGAAUCAUACUUUGCUGAUGCCAUUUCCUGUUUAAGCUUUUUCAGCUUUUUCUUAAUAUAUGUUAUGAAUGUUGAACCGUUUCCACUUCCACUCGUUAAGCCCGGGAUACUUUGCGCAACUGGAAAGAGAUCUUUGAGUGGAAAUGGCUGUGGCUUUUACCCAGCUUUCAUGGUCGUUAUGGAGUGGAAAGCAAAAAGAGCCUAUAGUCCCAAAGGGGUCCUCUUUAAAUUCUUCCCCUGAAUCGGGCAUGCGGGAAACUGAUACGUUAAAGUUUUCUUCGGUGAAGGGGUCAAAUAUGGCCUCAUCAUCGUCGAGAAGGGUGAGGCGCAAAUGGCGUAGUCGGGAAGAACGGAAAAUUGAUAGGGAAUUUGACGUUGUUCUUGUGCCAUCUGAGGGUGUAUGUGUUUCUGGUUCUGAGUCUGAGGACUCCGAUUGGUCGGUUGGAUGGUUGGAGCCUCUUGGACCUGGGUUCACUAGUGAUGACGAUGCAGACGAUAGUUUUGCCGUGCUGGUUCCAUGCUAUGGCCAUGUUAUUCAUGAUAUGGUGAAGGAUUCAAUGAACAAUUUCUUGAGCACUGUUGGGAACAUCCCAGAUGGUUAUUCAGAUGAGAGCAUGAAAUAUAUGAAAGAGUGGCUCUCUUCUCUGAGAAACGGUUGAUACCGGAUGAAAUGGAUGCCGGCCUAGUUUGAUGUAAUUACCUAUUAGUAGUAGGGGAAUUGCCAAUAUAACUUUGAGUAGCGGACUUGGCGUGCUAUGGAGGAUUCUAGUCCCAGUAUUGCUGGAAGGUGGUUUGCGUUCCUGCUGCCUUUGCCUUGGGAUUGGCUGGGAAGGAGGCUGCUGCUGCCGUCUUUCUCGCAGUUCAAAAUUAAGUACCGCACCACUAUGUGUAUAGCUAAAAUCUCGAAAACGAAAAAAAAAAAGAAAAAAAAAAGAGUUUUGGCUUGAGAAACUCUGAAGAAAAUGAAGAAAAUUGAGAAAAGUGAAGGAAAAGAGAUGAUGAUAUGUGAAUUAUUUGCCUUAAUUGUGAUUGUUGGAUGUAAAUAUGUGAAAGCAUGAGAGCUAGGCGGCUUAAUACUUCACCCCUAAUAUUUGUUUGUGAAUAAUUUAGAAAUUGUAAAUAUUAGGUGAAAUAGAAGAGCUUCUUCCUAAUGUUAUUGUACAUAUGUGUACUGUGUAAAUAAUUCAUGUUGUAAACAAUUUGUGAAUAAUUAAAAGAAAAAAAAUUGUAAAUAA